UUAUUUAAAGCCAGUGUGGCGGCUCAUUUGUCUUAACUCUUCUUCCAUAUCCCAAAAAUGGGUCGGGCAAGGGCAACCAGUUGUACAUCUUCCAUCGACAGCACCCACCACUUUGCCUUCUCAACCACCGCUUCUUCUUCUUCUUCCUCCCAGAGGGACCUUAGCACUGAUCUUCGCCUCGGCCGAAGCUUCUCGAUAUCGCCUCAUUCUACAAGGGAGGAGCAACCGUUGGAAUGGCGGCCGAUGAAGGCGGAACAAGAAUACGAGUGCAACAGGUCAACGUUCUUUGUCAAGGUUUACAUGGAAGGGAUUCCUAUUGGGAGAAAACUAGACGUGUUGGGUCAUGAGAGUUACUAUGAUCUAAUAACAACUCUGCAGCACAUGUUCCAUACAAACAUUAUCUGGGCUGAGGCAGAGGUGGAUGGAGAUAAGUACGAGAAAUAUCAUGUGUUGACGUAUGAAGACAAGGAAGGGGAUUGGAUGAUGGUUGGUGAUGUUCCUUGGGAGAUAUUCUUGUCAGCUGUGAGGAGAUUGAAGAUCACCAAGUGCUCCCCUCUUGCUGUGGAGUGAAAUUAAAAUGGUUGACGUA